GUGGGUUAGCAUGUGCUAGCCAGUUUAACGGUCGGUAGGUUAGCAUGUCCUAACCAUACAGUACGUCAUAACAUCUCCCCUUAUCUACUCUGAUCUCUCUCGCUGUCUGUCUGUCUUUCUCGCUUAGGUUCAUCUGCUUGGACAGACUCAUAUUGGAGACCAGGAUGGAUCCAUAGACAGUGUUAGAGGUUAGAGGUCUGACAUGAUGACAUCACAUGGAAAGCUGAGGAUGCAGAGAGGGAGUCUGUACGAGUAUGACUCCCAGGUCAAAGACCUGCGGGUGCAGCUGUGUGACCAGAUGAAGGUUCUGGACGGUCAGGUGGAAGUCAAAGGUCAAUAGCUGUCUGACCUGUCUGAGUUCUUCCGUCGUCGUGGCGACAUCGAGGCAGAGUACGCCCGCGCCCUCGACAAACUCACAGAGAGGUUCACCCUGAAGGCCAAGAGGAAGGAGCAGAGUGGUCAGUCGGUGUCUCAGUGUUGGUCAGUUCUGUUGACUCAGACACGUGCAGAGAGCAGAGAACACGCAGCGCUGAGUGACUCCUGCACGCACACACUCACACAGCGACUCACACACUGCUCAGAGGACACACACCGACUUGCUAAACGGAGUAAGGAGGUCGGAGUUCAGAUGCAAGACGAGCUACUGAAGGUCACCACUGAAAUGCAGACGGCUCUGAAGACCUACCACCAGUACCAUACUGACAGUCUGACAGCUGAGGGGAAACUGAAGGAAGCCACACGAUUGGAGGAGAGACAGACAGGCAAGUCAGCUGACCUGGGGAUAACCCAAUCAGGAAGCCAGAGGCGGAGUUCUGUGAAGAAGAUGGAGAAAAUAAUGGAAAAGAGACAUGGCAGAGUGCAGGAGACCCAGCUGAAGUGCACUAAGGCUCGUAACGACUAUCUGCUGAACCUGGCAGCUGCCAACGCAACUAUGAACAAGUACUAUCUACAGAACCUUAGCACGCUCAUAGACUGUACUGACCUGGGGUUCCACCUCUCCUUGGAGCGAGUGAUAAAGUCAUACCUGGCCAGCAGGGGGCGUGUCCUGAAGUCUGAGGAGGCGGGGCUGGAGCAGCUGGAACAGGAAAUUACAUCACUGGAUCAGGGCGGAGACAGAGACGCUCUCCUACAGAACCACGACACUGCAUUCUGUCUGCCCUUCCGCUUCAGUUACCAUCCCCAUGAGGGAGACCAGGUGAACGAGGUGAGUGCGGAGAGCCAGGUGAGGUAUGAGAUAGAGACCAGGUUUCAACAGCUCCAGUCCCGCCUCUCCACCGAAACCUUGGAAACAGAGGAGUUGAGCAAGACACUCAAAGCUACCCUCGCCGCGCUAUUGGACAGUAUGUGUGACAGUGACAGUAAUCCCACCCCUGACCCGCCAUUCAGCCUAUCACACAACUCCAUGGGAGCCGCCUCCGCCUCCAAACUAGCCCUUGCCAAGCGGAGAGCCAAUCAGCAGGAGACAGAGACAUUCUACUUUAUGAAAGUGAAGGAGUAUCUGACUGGAAGCGCCCUGAUCUCCAAACUACAGGCUAAACAUGACCUGCUGCAGGAGGCCAUACAGAAAGCUGAGGCCGUUGAUAGCGACCCCUCCAGGUAA